CCCCCCCCUCCCUGUCCGGUCCGGGUUCGCUUGCCUCGUCAGCGUCCGCGUUUUUCCCGGCCCCCCCCAACCCCCCCGAACAGGACCCCCUUGAGCUUGUCCCUCAGCUGCCACCAUGAGCGACCAAGAUCACUCCAUGGAUGAAAUGACAGCUGUGGUGAAGAUUGAGAAAGGAGUUGGUGGCAAUAAUGGGGGCAAUGGUAAUGGUGGUGGUGCCUUUUCACAGGCUCGCAGCAGCAGCACAGGCAGUAGCAGCAGCAGUGGAGGAGGAGGAGGGCAGGAGUCCCAGCCAUCCCCUUUGGCUCUGCUGGCAGCAACUUGCAGCAGAAUUGAGUCACCCAAUGAGAACAGCAACAACUCCCAGGGCCCAAGUCAGUCAGGGGGAACAGGUGAGCUUGACCUCACAGCCACACAACUUUCACAGGGUGCCAAUGGCUGGCAGAUCAUCUCUUCCUCCUCUGGGGCUACCCCUACCUCAAAGGAACAGAGUGGCAACAGUACCAAUGGCAGCAAUGGCAAUGAAUCGUCUAAGAAUCGCACAGUCUCUGGUGGGCAGUAUGUUGUGGCUGCCACUCCCAACUUACAGAACCAGCAAGUUCUGACAGGACUACCUGGAGUGAUGCCUAACAUUCAAUAUCAAGUAAUCCCACAGUUCCAGACCGUUGAUGGGCAGCAGCUGCAAUUUGCUACCACUGGGACCCAAGUGCAGCAGGAUGGUUCUGGUCAAAUACAGAUCAUACCAGGUGCAAACCAACAGAUUAUCACAAAUCGAGGAAGUGGAGGCAACAUUAUUGCUGCUAUGCCAAACCUACUCCAGCAGGCUGUCCCCCUCCAAGGCCUAGCUAAUAAUGUACUCUCAGGACAGACUCAGUAUGUGACCAAUGUACCAGUGGCCCUGAAUGGGAACAUCACCUUGCUACCUGUCAACAGCGUUUCUGCAGCUACCUUGACUCCCAGCUCUCAGGCAGUCACGAUCAGCAGCUCUGGGUCCCAGGAGAGUGGCUCACAGCCUGUCACCUCAGGGACUACCAUCAGUUCUGCCAGCUUGGUGUCAUCACAAGCCAGUUCCAGCUCCUUUUUCACCAAUGCCAAUAGCUACUCAACUACUACUACCACCAGCAACAUGGGAAUUAUGAACUUUGCUCCCAGUGGAUCAUCAGGGACCAACUCUCAAGGCCAGACACCCCAGAGGGUCAGUGGGCUGCAGGGGUCUGAUGCUCUGAACAUCCAGCAAAACCAGACAUCUGGAGGCUCACUGCAAGCAGGUCAGCAAAAAGAAGGAGAGCAAAACCAGCAGACACAGCAGCAACAAAUUCUUAUCCAGCCUCAGUUAGUUCAAGGGGGACAGGCCCUCCAGGCCCUCCAAGCUGCACCAUUAUCAGGGCAGACCUUUACAACUCAAGCUAUCUCACAGGAAACCCUCCAGAACCUCCAGCUUCAGGCUGUUCCAAACUCUGGUCCCAUUAUCAUCCGGGCACCGACAGUGGGGCCCAAUGGACAGGUCAGUUGGCAGACUCUGCAGCUGCAGAACCUCCAAGUUCAGAACCCACAAGCUCAGACAAUCACCUUAGCCCCAAUGCAGGGUGUUUCCUUGGGGCAGACCAGCAGCAGCAACACCACUCUCACACCCAUUGCCUCAGCUGCUUCCAUUCCUGCCGGCACAGUCACUGUGAAUGCUGCUCAACUCUCCUCCAUGCCAGGCCUCCAGACCAUUAACCUCAGUGCAUUGGGUACUUCAGGAAUCCACGUGCACCCGAUUCAAAGCUUGCCGUUGGCUAUAGCAAAUGCCCCAGGUGAUCAUGGAGCUCAGCUUGGUCUCCAUGGGACUGGUGGUGAUGGAAUACAUGAUGACACAGCAGGUGGAGAGGAAGGAGAAAACAGUCCAGAUGCCCAACCCCAAGCUGGUCGGAGGACCCGGCGGGAAGCAUGCACCUGCCCCUACUGUAAAGACAGUGAAGGAAGGGGUUCAGGGGAUCCUGGCAAAAAGAAACAGCAUAUUUGCCACAUCCAAGGCUGUGGGAAAGUAUAUGGCAAGACCUCACACCUGCGGGCACACUUGCGCUGGCAUACUGGCGAGAGACCAUUUAUGUGUACCUGGUCAUACUGUGGGAAACGCUUUACACGUUCGGAUGAGCUGCAGAGGCACAAACGUACACACACAGGUGAGAAGAAAUUUGCCUGCCCUGAGUGUCCUAAGCGCUUCAUGAGGAGUGACCACCUGUCAAAACAUAUCAAGACCCACCAGAAUAAGAAGGGUGGCCCAGGUGUAGCCCUGAGUGUGGGCACUUUGCCCCUGGACAGUGGGGCAGGUUCAGAAGGCAGUGGCACUGCCACUCCUUCAGCCCUUAUUACCACCAACAUGGUAGCCAUGGAGGCCAUCUGUCCAGAGGGCAUUGCCCGUCUUGCCAACAGUGGCAUCAACGUCAUGCAGGUGGCGGAUCUGCAGUCCAUUAAUAUCAGUGGCAAUGGCUUCUGAGAUCAGGCACCUGGGGCCAGAGACAUAUGGGCCAUACUCAUCAACCCUGGGAUGCAAGGUAGCAUGGGUCCAAGAGACAUGUGGGAAGAGAGAGCCAUGAAGCAUUAAAAUGCAUGGUGGUGGGAAGAAUUGGGAGAGGGAUACAAGAGAAGAGAUGGGGUCCUGGCACCCAUCUGUAUCAUCAGUGCCUCUUUGAAGGUGGGAAACAUUAGUGAAAAUUCUGUUGGUGCCACCCUUUGAUGAGCAUUUGUUUGACCCCAGUUUCUUCUUAAACUUCUUACUCCGGCCUACCCUUCCUGCAUUUCUCUUCUCAGCUCUUCCAUGAUGGAUCACCCCCCGCCCGUUUCCUAAAGCCAUCAUGCCUUGAUAAAUAUAUAUGAUCAUUGAAAUACUUUUUAACAAAAAACAGAUUCUAUAUUAUUAUAUAUAUAUAUAUAUAUAUAUAAAGAUAUAUAGAGAUGCAUUCACAGGGGUUGGCUGGGAGGAGGAAGAAGACCAUUCUGUGACCAAAAUACCUUGGUCAUUUUUUUUUUUAUAUUGCCUUAUUUCCCUAUGGCUGAGCCUUGUUGUGACACAUCAAGCUUUUCUGUAGAUGUUGUCUUGGCUUCCCACCAGAUUAAGCAUUCAUAUGCUCUGCUUUUAGUUUAUAUAUACAUACAUAAUGUUUUUCCUUUCAUAAUUUUGUCUUUUUAUUUGGGAUCAGCUUCUUGCACUCCUUUCCUGACUCAGCUGUUGCCAUCUCACAUUCUCUCAUCUGAUCACUUCAUGUUUUAUUUUUGUUGGUGCCUGGAUUAGGCACUUCUGUCAAUUUUUUAAAGACCUUAGUUCCAGCAGCAGAAUGGAAAAACCUUGAAGCCCAGGCUGAUGCUUGAAGUAGCUGUGGAGGGAGUAUUAAAAAUACUACUGACGCAGGCACCUUCUUGGCGCUGGAGAGUCAAAGGCAUCUCCCUUCAUUAGCUGUUCUAAGCAUUGAGAAUUAGGAGUCUUUCAGUGGAAUUGUACAAGAGACUCUUUGAAGAUAAUAAUCUUGGCUAAGAUGGUAUAAACUGUCAAAAAAUGGUCCAGUAAUAGGUAGGGGGCUUUCACUAGGAAAAUCAUGUGCUGAGAAGAGGAAAUGACUCAUGGUAGUCAGGUUCAGGAGUUAGUGGAGUAUUUGGACAUUGAUAUCACUAUCUUCUAAGGUAGUUCUAAGUUUUAACGUGGGCUUCUGAGUUUAUAUUCUGAAAGGAAAUACACUUCUUCUUUUGAACAUCCCCACUAGGUUCUUUUCCAUUGUUGAGAAGGAGCAUCAGCCAAUGAAUCUGUUCGAGGUUUCCAUUCUGCAGAACUCCUCCAGAGCAUGUGCUAGUGGCAGAACAGUGGUUCUUAACAAUCUUUUCCCUUAACUUCAUUGUAUGUUCUUGGGUGGUUCCUAAGGGAAAAGGAAGCACAUGAUCAUAAGAAUGAUAGCCCAGAACAAAAAGAAAUCUUGUCUUACCACUGUGGUUUAUAGGAGAGAUGGGGAGAAAUCAUCCUGUUUUCUCCAUGACCUGAUUCCAGAAGAGACUGAUCCAAAAAUUAUAACGGCAGGGAACCUAGUGCAUUUGGCACUGAGAUUUAAAUGCAACCAGAAUUGUCCUCAAGGCCCAGCCAUAAAAGCAUUGUCUCUCUCAAUCUUCUGGUACCUUGUUAGAGAGCUUUUCACUGUGAGGAAAUACGGCAAAAUGGCUGUGUGUGUGUGUGUGUGUGUGUGUGUGUGUGUGUGUAAUCUGUUAGGUUGGGGAUAGGUUUUCUGCUAGCCAAUAUUAAAAGAGACCUGCAAUAAAAAAAAAAUUACCCUGAUCUGAUAGAAAGCAAGUGUUUUUGUAUGACUGUCUGUGUGAAUGUGUGUUUAUGCCUGUAUAUGUCUACACACAGAUGAGAGAUUAUAUUUGAAAUUGUUGGAAAAUAAAUCAGAUCAAAAUGCC